GGGGUCCUUCCAGCUGUGGCUCAACGCCGACAGCGAGCGAGCAGGAAGGUUUGUAAAUUUACUGCAAACAGCUGGGCAAGUGAGCCAAAAGAUGGAGAAGUUGAUGUGGAAGAGAGCGCGGGAGUGUCACAAAAGGGGCGCUCGUUUGUGUAGCACUGGCCCUGUGGUGCCUGCAAGGUCCAGAAAGGAGCAUGACAUUCCUGCUUUCUACUUAGUCGAGGACACGUUUGCUCAGAUUUGCCGCAAAUUUGGUGCACACGAGGCUUAUGUUCGAUUUGGCCCUUCAUACUUGUCGAGCACAAGCCAUGCCAACACAGAUGUUGCCUUCUUGAUGGACAGGUCUUUCCACGCCAUGGAGCUUGGUGGCGCGAUCAUUGACUGCCCCACUCAGCAUGCAAUCUGCAAGGCUUCAAGCAAUGAGCAAGAGUCCUACAAAGCCCUGGAAGUGCAAAAUGGGUGGCAUCCACAGAUUGCCCUGGAAGAAUUCCAUGCCGGUGGAUCUUGGUGGGAAGUGGACUUGGGACGGCUACACAGCUGUGGUGGUGUACGUCUUCAGUGGAUUCUACCACAACUGAAAGAGGUGAAGUACGAAACCCGAUUUGUGCUGCGAUCAGACCUAAGAUUGGAAGGUGG